CCUCACUUCAAGAUGUCCCUGUCGCACACGGCUGCCGAGUACAUGCUCUCUGAUGCUCUGCUCCCGGAUCCCAGCAGUUCCCGGGCCAAGGGCUUGCGGCUGGAGCUGCCGAGCGAUCGCCUGCUGAAGUUUGUCACCGUGGGGCUGCCCCUCUUCCUCGUCUCGCUGGCUUUCGCCCGGGAGUUCUCUGCUGGCUCCCAGAUCAGCUGCUUCUCUCCCACCAACUUCACGGGGAAGCAGUCCGCCUACACCGACACGGCUUGCUGGGACUCCCUCAUCCACCAUGGCUUCGAUGCCGAGGGACGUGCCAUCACCAAGUCCCUCUGGGCUCUCAAGGCCUUCCCCUACUCGCUGCUGGUGGUGGCGGUGCUGAUGUACCUGCCGUACCUGCUGUGGCGCUAUGCUGCUGCCCCCGCCCUGCACUGCGACCUCCUCUUCAUCAUCGACGAGCUGGACAAAUCCUACAACCGCUCCGUGCGCCUGGUGCAGCACAUGAAGAAGGUGCAGCAGGCCAGUGCUGAGCCAGAGCAAUUCUGGGAGGAGUACGAGAGGGCCCGCCGGGAGAGGUAUUUCGAGUUCCCGUUGCUGGAGCGGUACCUGACCUGCAAGCAGCAUGCCCACGGCCUGGUGUUCAUCUACAUCCUGAGGAACCUACUCCUGCUCCUCUUCUUGGCUGCCACCUGCCUCUACCUGGUCUUUCUCCACCUUAACAUCUUCUUCCAGGAUGAGUUCAGCUGCUCCAUCAAAACGGGGUUGCUCGAGGCAGAGCCGCACAUCCCGUCGCUCAUCCCUUGCAAGCUGGUCUUCUUCUCUGUGUUCCAGCUCAUCAGCCUCUCCGUUGGCAGUGUCUAUGUCCUCCUCAUCCCCGUGGUCAUCUACAACGCCCUGCAGCUCUGCCAGUGGGACAAGGGGCUGCUCUCUGUCUAUGAGAUGCUGCCUGCCUUCGACCUGCUCAGUCGCAGGAUGCUCACCUGCCCCCUCAACGACCUCAACGUCAUCCUCCUCUUCCUCCGUGCCAACAUCUCCGAGCUGACCUCCUUCAGCCGCCUCAACGCCGUCAGCGCCCUGAGGGAAGCCACUGCCAACAAGGAGGACAUUGACACUGUCAUUGACUUCAUGACACUGCUGGCUGGGCUGGAGACCACCAAGCCCAAACACCAAUCCUGCGCCCCCGAGGCCGAAGGCAGCACAGCCCUCUCCAAUGGUGCAGCCCUAGAACCAAAGCCUGGAGUGGAAAGGAUGGGAAAAGCCUCACGGGACUCACUCGGCUCUGCCUGACCCAGGAGGAGGCAGCAGGAGGGAUCCUGUCAUCCCAGGAUCCACUCUUCUGACACAGCUCUACUGCAGCAGCCAGGCUGAACCCACCUGUGCUUCCUGCACAGGGCCUUCCCCUUCUUUUGUACAUUUGUCCAGCCAAAAAGGGUUAAACAAUCAAUAUUUUGUGCA